AUGGCGUCGCGGUUCCCUGAGUAUGGCGAUGAGAGCGCCAGGCGGCCUCGGCGGCAGGAGCAAGAUGAUCUCUCUGACAAUGAGGGCUGGGAUGAAGAUGAGGAGACCGACAUUGACCGCGAGUGGUAUUUACAGGACGACGAAGGCGGUGUGGCCGGCGACGCAGAUCACAAUCCAUUUGCGCAGUAUGAGGACAUGCAUGGCCAGGUAUCGAAUGUGCUUGCUAGGCGCCAGCAGCGCAUGACAGCACGUCAGGCACAGUAUAAUGUCGACCUUGAUGCUUGGGAAAAGAGCCGCCUACAAUCAGGUGGUGUGGGUGGCCGACAAGCCGUGCGCGAUGACUUGGACGACCAUGACGAGAACCGCAUCCAUCUGCUCGUCCAUAAUCUACGACCACCCUUUCUGGACGGCAAGACGACGUAUACAAAGCAGCUAGCGCCUGUGAGUCCCGUGCGUGAUCCGACAUCGGACCUGGCGGUGUUUGCGAUGAAAGGCAGCCGACUUGUUAAGGAGCAUCGUGAACAGGCCGAACGAGCCAAGGCGGCAGGCCGUGUGGCAUCGCUCAAAGGCACACAGCUUGGAAAUAUCAUGGGGGUGAAGGACGAUGAUGAUGAAGAUACAACUAAGAGCAAGAUUGAUCCGUCCCGUGAUCAAGGCGACUCAAAGUUUGCCACCCACAUAAAAAAGGCACAAGGAGCAAGUGCCUUUAGCCGGAACAAAAGUCUGCGGGAGCAACGACAGUACCUCCCGGCUUUUGCUUGCCGAGACGAUCUCCUGCGUGUAAUUCGUGAGAAUCAGGUCGUGGUCGUGAUUGGUGAGACGGGCAGUGGUAAGACGACACAGUUGUGCCAAUUUCUCCAUGAGGAUGGAUACACGCAGUAUGGCAUGGUUGGAUGUACGCAACCACGCCGUGUAGCGGCGAUGAGUGUCGCAAAGCGUGUAAGUGAGGAAAUGGAGUGUGCGCUAGGAAAUACGGUCGGUUAUUCGAUCCGUUUUGAAGACUGUACGUCCAGAGACACGAAGAUCAAGUAUAUGACGGAUGGUGUAAUGCUACGCGAGUCCCUCACUGAGCGUGAUUUGGAUCGCUACUCUGCGAUUAUUCUCGACGAGGCGCACGAGCGCAGCCUGAGUACCGACAUUUUGAUGGGUUUGCUGAAACAAGUCUUGAUGCGGCGACGCGAUCUCAAGCUGAUUGUGACAUCUGCGACGAUGAAUGCAGAGGGCUUUUCCAAAUUUUUUGGCGCUGUGCCUAUCUUUACGAUCCCAGGACGCACCUUCCCCGUCGAUGUACUUUAUAGCAAGACACCAUGCGAGGACUACGUCGAGAGCACUGUGAAGCAGAUUCUAACAAUACACUUAUCCCAAGGCCAAGGCGAUAUCCUUGCGUUUAUGACCGGUCAAGAAGACAUCGAGGUUACAUGCGAGGUAACAAUCGAGCGUCUCAAGCAGCUCGAGGGCGCAGCUCCGCUGCUCAUGUUGCCUAUCUACUCACAGAUGCCUGCAGAUCUGCAGGCACGUAUUUUUGAGCCCUCCGAGCACGGCGAGCGAAAGUGCGUUGUCGCGACAAAUAUUGCCGAGACGUCGCUCACCGUCGACGGUAUCAUGUUUGUCGUCGACUCAGGAUUCAGCAAGCUCAAACUGUACAACCCCAAGGUCGGUAUGGACUCGUUGCAAAUCACGCCUAUCAGCCAAGCCAAUGCCGCGCAGCGCUCGGGUCGUGCAGGCCGCACAGGCUCUGGCACGGCGUAUCGUCUCUAUACCGAGGUGGCAUUUCACAAUGAAAUGUUCCCCAGCACUAUCCCCGAAAUCCAGCGCACGAACCUGGCGAACACAGUGCUGCUACUCAAGACUCUCGGAGUGAAAAACUUGCUCGAAUUCGACUUUAUGGAUCCACCCCCCCAAGAUAAUUUGCUCACGAGUAUGUACCAGCUUUGGGUCUUGGGCGCUCUGGACCAUGUUGGCAACCUCACCGAGCUGGGUCGUAAGAUGAGCGAGUUUCCUAUGGAGCCAAGCAUGGCCAAGGUCCUGAUUAUGAGCACGGAAUACGGGUGCUCCGAGGAGGUGCUCACGAUUGUGAGUAUGCUUAGUGUCCCCACCGUAUUCUACCGGCCCAAGGAGCGGCAGGAGGAGAGCGAUACGGCCCGCGAGCGAUUCUACGUGGCUGAGAGCGACCACCUUACUCUCUUGCACGUGUACAUGCAGUGGAAAAACAACGGAUUCAAGGAUAAUUGGUGCGCGAAGCAUUUCCUGCAUGCCAAGCUGCUGCGCAAGGCCCGCGAGGUACGUGCACAGCUUGAAGAUAUCCUACGCAGCCAGAAACUGCCUGUCGUGAGUUGCGGCACAGACUGGGACAUUGUGCGCAAGUGCAUCACGUCCGGCUACUUCCACCAUGCUGCGCGAGUCAAGGGCGUGGGCGAGUACGUAAACUGUCGCACGGGUGUCCCGAUGCACAUGCACCCGACUAGUGCGCUAUACGGACUGGGAUACACGCCCGACUAUGUCAUAUACCACGAACUCACACUUACUUCGAAAGAGUACAUGGGCAUCGUGACGGCUGUUGAUCCAUACUGGCUCGCUGAGCUAGGCGCCGUGUUCUAUUCGAUCCGCGAAUCAAAUGCCCUCGCCUCCGACAGCCGUCGCGGACGCGACACGCAAUUAAGCCGCCUAGUAGAAAUCGAGGCGGAGUUUGAGCGCGAUCGCCAACGGACCGCCGAUGAGCAGGAGACUUCGCUCAAGCGCGCCCGGCGACAUGGCCCAGGGCAUGGCUCGACGAGCCACGAGGGCAUCGCAAUGCCGGGCAUAGGUCCGCCUCGUCGCGGACGUCGUAGGUUGCCUCUAGGAAAAUAG